AUGGAUAUAAAACAUCUGUAUGAAUUAGAGUCACUUGGAAUAAACACAGAUAGUGGCACUGAUGAAGCAUCCGUCAUCAAAUUCAUGGAGGAUUACAGAAAAACCAUAACUAUCGAGAAUGGGAACAUCACUGCAGGAUUUCCGUUCACCGACGAAGUUAAGAACCUGAAAGACAACUUCAGCGUUGCUUAUCGAAGACUUCAAAGUCUAAUGCGUACUCUUCACGGAGACGAGGAGAAACUCAAGCUAUACAACGACACGCUCACGACAUAUCUUGAAGAAGGAAUCAUAGAGGAAGCGGACAACUUUUCAAACAGCGUCGCUACCUUCUACCUCCCUCACAGACACGUAUGGACACCUUCAAAGUCAACCAAGCUUCGAGUAGUGUUUGAUGCAUCUUCACAUGCGAAAGAUGAGUGUAGCCUCAACGACGUCAUCUUUGAAGGCCAUUCACUAACACCACUAAUCCACGAGGUGGUGCUGCAGUUUCGCACGCAUCUUUACACCAUGGUGGCCGAUAUACAAAAAGCAUUUUUACAAAUACGACUGCCCAAGGAGCAUAGAGAUGUCACAAGAUUUAUCUGGGUGAAAGAUACAUCACUCCCACCAGCAGGGAACAAGAGGAGAUUGUUGCGCAGUCCGCAAUGUUUUCAUGUGUAG